AUACAGUGUUGAGACUGACAGUGUUGUGUGCCUAUGUCUGAACAAGAGAGGGAGGAUAUGCAGUGUGGAGAAUUCAUGUGCUGGAAGGAGAUUUAAGUGGAGAGAGAGCGAGUAGAGCAGCAGAGAAGGGACUGGAGCGAGAGUGAAAGCAGAAGACUGAGAGAGAAACAGACAAAAGGAAGAGAGAAGCAGAGAGCAUCAGAGACGAGUCUGCUUCCAGCACCCGCCUGUCGGAUCUCCCUAAACAGAGCUUUAGGGCUGCUGUUGCUGACUUGCGAGAGGAUCCUCCCGGAGCACACACCAGAGUUCCAGCACUGUCACACACGAAUGAAGGUCUGACCAGUUUCACUCUGGACCUGACACAACACCCAUGAAACCCUGCCAACACUGGCAUAUCUUCUCAUUAAGAUGGGAAAUGCCUCUGAAAUAUUUCUGUUCGUGUCCAGAAUAUCGAAAGACAAUGACUUCAUCAUGGGAACACUCUACACGAUUUUUGGUGUAUUGUCCAUUCUGGGGAAUGGGAUCCUGCUGUUUGUGGCCUAUAGAAAGAAGUCCUCCCUAAAGCCAGCAGAGUUCUUUGUCGUAAAUCUGGCAAUCAGUGAUUUAAGCAUGACUACAACUCUUUUUCCACUGGCCAUUCCUUCAGCCUAUGCUCACAUGUGGUUAUUCAACCUGACAACAUGCACUGCAUAUGCCUUUUGUGGUGUUCUGUUUGGCCUCUGUAGUCUGUCCAACCUCACUGUGCUCUCUUGUGUUUGCUGGCUCAAGGUCUGCUGUCCAAACUAUGGUAACAAAUUCUCCUACUGCCAUGCCUACCUGCUCGUCGCAGGCAUCUGGUGCUACGCUGGAGUGUUUGCCGUGGGUCCACUGUCAGGUUGGGGAGAGUAUGGGGCUGAACCUUAUGGAACAGCAUGCUGCAUCAACUGGCAUGCUCCCAACUACAGUUCGGCAGCCAUGAGCUACAUCAUUUGUCUCUUCUUCUUCUGCUACAUUGUACCCUGCACUGUGAUUUUUCUGUCCUACACCUUCAUUUUGGUGACUGUGCGAGGCUCUCGGCAGGCUGUGCAGCAACAUAUGUCUCCGCAGAACAAGAUUACCAAUGCACACACACUUAUUGUCAAGCUCUCUGUGGCAGUUUGCAUCGGUUUCCUGACAGCAUGGAGUCCAUAUGCAAUUGUUUCCAUGUGGGCAGCAUUUGGUCACUCAACAGAUGUACCACCAAUGGCAUUUGCUCUGGCAGCCAUUUUUGCCAAAUCCUCCACUCUUUACAAUCCCAUCGUUUAUCUGGUCUUUAAACCCAACUUCCGCAUGUCAUUGUGUCGGGAUGUAGCUCACUGUAGAAACACUUUCUGUAGAUUUAUUUGUCAACACAGCUCUACACGGAAGGGUACUUGCAGGCAAUCUCAUCAUAAUGAUGAAUGCAAUUCUACAAGGUUGUCCAAUGGGCUACCAGAGAACCAUCGGACCUGCAGACACUGUCCUUGCACUGAAAUGGUCACCGGUGCCAAGGAAAACUUCACAGAUGACAGCCCUCAGCAGACUGCAAGAAUACUUAAAGGAUCUGUGCUCACCGAGGUUGCUGUCAGUCAACUCUCCAAUGAGCUACAGAGUGACUUUCUCUAAAGUGAGAAGCUGCCAAAAGAUAGCUGCAAGGACAAAAGAUACAAAAGACUAAUUGCAUUCAAGGAAUUGUCAAAGGAUGAAGACUUAUUUACAGAUAAAAAAUAUGUUAUGGAUUUAGAGUCAGAACUUGUUUUAUGCCUCAAAUGUUUAAUACUGCCAAAAAAAAUAAACUAAAAAAGAAAUGAAAAGAUGAUCAUGCAGUAUGAUGCAAAAUACAGGAAACUAAGCAAACCAACCUAUACAGAGUUAAUAAUUUCUUUGUAAGGUUUGUCAGGUCAACUCAACAAACAGCAACUAUUUUAUUGCUCUGAACAAUCAGCACCAAGGAAACAAGACUGAAGCAAAAUCAAUUUACGCUGGAUUAAGGGGGAGGAACUGAUACAAAAACUUCUACUCCCUAAUCAACCCUUUAUGUGUUUUUACAAGUACUGUACUUUAUGAGAUAUUUGUAUUUAUUUAUGCAUGCCUCAAACUGAAGGACAACAGGGUUGCUGCUUUUGUCUAUCAUGAAAUGAGUAUGUCCUUUAUUGCUAUGCGAGAACAUUUUAAAGCCCUAAUUAACAUAAGCUUCUACAAUUUGUUUAAACUUGAAUUUUGUCUUUUAAAAGUACAUUCAUUGAAGAGACAAUAGAGAAAUUAUGAAAAGUACGAGUUGAGAAAGCAUAUUGCCUAUAUAGAAAUUAACGUUUGAUUAAGAGAAUAGCCUUGGUGAUCGAAAUGACUCUAGAACAAAUUACAUGAAUAGUUUGUUGAGCAGCUCCUAUGGACCAAGAUAUGAACAAUUUCUCUCUGUUUCAUAGAAAAGUUUAUUCUUCUUUUGCAGCUUUUUUGUUUUUCCUUUUACUUAUUACAAUUGUUGAUAUAUUAUCUGAUUUUCUGAGACAAAAUCAAAACAAAAAUGCACAAUCAACAAAUUAUCAAAGUAGUAGUUGUCUCAUUCAAAAAAGAAAAAUGUUGGUAAUUAGUGUGAUAACUCAAUUCUGCUAUCCUUUUCCUUUUUGUAGUUGCAGAAAUUUUUUAAACGGAUGGAGUUUCAAGCAUCUAAAAUUUGUACCCAAAGAUAAUCCAGACUGGGUGAUGUUCAAAAUUCUUAUUUUGAAGUCUUGCUUGCUAGUUUUAUUGAUUGCCCCAAUCAGACAGGGAGGUCUUAGGUAUGAGAUGGUACCUUAGAAUAGAAAUGUUGGUUUGCCUCUGAUUAAGAAAGAGAUGUUAAAGAUAAUCAUAUAAAUUCCUAUUUUUAUUAGAGUAUGACCAAUUUAUUAUAACUUCAGACAUCGAAAAAUUAUGAAAAAAUACAAUUUCCCAAUAUUCUAACAUUAAGCCAGUUAAAAAUCAUGUAAGUAAUCCUAGCUGAGCUAAAUCAGCAAAUUAUAAAAUUAUUUUUUAUAUUAGGCGUGACAAAACAGUAAUGUCUCUUUAUGGUCCAAGUAAACUUUUCUUUUCAAAUAUAAAAAAAUUCAGAGUUGACCAAAACUGUGGAGGUGAAGGUUUUUUUUCCUUCUCUGAUUUAUCUUUGAAAAAGAAACAUCCAACUUUGGAAAUACAGACUGACAAAUGGAGUGCUGGCAUUCCUGCUGGAUAGAGUGUGAAUUAUUGUCACAUGGAAACAUUAGUCCCCUGGACACAAUUUCAACAGAACCUUUACUAUACCUCAAUCAUAUAAAACUUUUUUCUUCAUCAGUAUUGUCAAAUCAUAUUCUUUUUCAAUGUCUUCUUGUUUGCACCAUAACCUGUAUUUCAUAAUUUUGCUUUGUAAUUACUCAUACUGUCAUAUUUUUAUUCAAUAAAACAUGAGGUAGUUUGAUACACUCAUUGACAUCUGUUCCAAAACUAUCAUCUAAGGCAAAAAGCUCAUACAGUUUUUACCUGAAUGAGUCUAUAUAUAUAU